GAAAAGGGGGAAAGAGGAGCAAGAAGUAGGAGGAGGAGCUGCAGCCGCCCAGAGUCCUGGAGUCUGAACGCCUCCCCACCUCUCAUGAUCAAGUGGUGACCGUGUGGAGUCCGUGUGGAGUUCUUACUCUGGACUACAGGACUGGGACAAAACUUUUAUUUGGACUUUUAUAUCCAUGACAUUUGACAGGGACUCAACGACAACGAGGAUUCCAAGAAUCUCACCAUGUUCAAGGCAGUGUUGAAGAAGAGCAGAGAUGGAGGCAAGGGGAGCAAAAAGGAGUCAGCUGAUCUUCACUGUCACAGUGCCCAGAGGAAAUUCCCACUGGAGGGGAACAUGCAGGGACCUGGCAGCAGCCACCAAAACAUACCGGACGAUGUGUUCAGGCUAAACCUGGCUAAAGGAGUGUCCAUGUCACUGCCCUCCUCACCUCUCCUGCCACGACAGUCCUACAUGAUGCCUUUACGUCCUAGCAAGAGAUCACCAGGUCCGAGCAGGAAACCUAAGUAUGUGGAGAGUCCUCGUGUACCUUCUGAUGCCAUUGUCUCAGCGCUGAGGAAGGUGGCCGAUAACAAGGAGUCCUCGCACAAUGAGCUGCAAGCGGAGAAACAGCAGAGCUCCUCCUCUCCUGCCACCCAGGAACUGAUGACAAGACUGGGCUUUUUACUGGGAGAAGGGAUCCCGGGCACGGCACACAUACCUAUGGACGACAAGAAUGAAAAGAAGUGCUCAGUGACAAGCCAGGGCAUCAGCCCCUGCUCCACUCUCACUAGCAGCACGGCUUCACCCUGCACCGACAGCCCAUGUUCCACACUCAACAGCACCACCAGCCGCCCGCCUCUCAGCCGCUCCAGCCCCUGUGGGACCAUCACCAGCCCCAGCUCCACACUCGAGAGCAAGGACAGUGGGAUCAUAGCCACCAUCACCAGUUCUUCAGAGAAUGACGAUCGCAGUGGAUCCAGCCUGGAGUGGAGUAAAGAUGGCAGUCUGAGAGGCAGCACGCGCCAUGGCCUGGCACAGAGUGUGCGGGCCGACACCUGCUCCCCUGUGGCCGAAGAAGACUCGAGUAGUGCCACAGCCACACAGGCCGACACCCCAUCUCGGUCAGACCAGCAGCCGCAGCCCAGCACCUCAGCUGGGGCACUGGUGCCGUUGCAUUCUCCAACCAACUCGCCUGAAGGACCUCUUCCCUACCCAUCCCAGACAUCAUCUUCCCUCAUGAUGCCGCGGCCAAACUCUGUGGCAGCUACCAGUUCCACAAAGCUGGAAGACCUAAGCUUUCUUGAUGAACAGCGCAAUACCCCCCUGCGGACAUCCAUUCGGCUGCCCUGGCACAAUACUGGAGGAAGGCCACCUCAGGACUCUAAAGCUCGUUUUGCUCCAUACAAACCUGUGGACAUCAUGCUCAAGCCCCUGCUGUUUGAGGUGCCCAGCAUCACCACAGACUCGGUGUUUGUGGGCAGGGACUGGCUCUUUCAGCAGCUGGAAGACGUCUUAAAGGCCAAUGAAUCUACAGAGAACCAGGGAGUGGUAGUGGUGGGCAGUGUGGGCUACGGGAAGACGGCCAUUAUCUCCCGACUAGUAGCUCUGAGCUGCCACGGAGGCCGGAUGCGUCAGAUCGCCUCCAACAGCCCCAGCGCCUCCCCCAGAACUGCAGGAGUACCAUCAACGGAACUUCCUCUCACUCAGCCCCCACAGCCCACUCCACCAUCCAGUGCUAACAACACACUGAGGACAAACAGUUGUCCUGGGACGCCUGAGAUACAGCAGCGCAGAGAAGUGGCUGUCAAACGUCUGGCUGCAAAGGUGGUGGCGUAUCACUAUUGCCAGGCAGAUAACACAUACACUUGCUUGGUACCGGAGUUUGUACACAGCAUUUCGGCCCUGCUGUGCAGAGCACACCAGCUGAGUGCUUACAGAGAGCUGCUGCUCAAAGAGCCCCACCUGCAGAGCAUGCUUAGUCUGCGCUCCUGUGUCCAGGACCCUAUGGCUGCUUUCAGGAGGGGCGUCCUGGAACCACUUUCCAACCUUCGAAAAGAGCGCAGGAUUCCAGAGGAGGACCUCAUCAUCUUAGUGGACGGGCUGAAUGAGGCAGAGUUUCAUAAACCUGACUACGGAGAUACCAUCGCCUCCUUCAUCACAAAGAUCAUCACCAAGUUCCCUUCCUGGCUCAAACUUGUGGUCACUGUCCGGCUAAACCUAGUGGAGAUCACCAGCCUUCUGCCUUUCUCCAAAAUCUCUCUGGACGACUUUUCCGACAAUAAGGAGAUAAGCAGCGACCUCAAUGCAUACAUCCAGUACCGUGUCAACAGCAGCAAGGAUAUCAUGAACAAUAUAAGCCUGAACGGAAAGGCCGACUCCAUCACUGUCGGAAAGCUCAGUAGCCACCUGAUCUCCCGCAGCCAGGGAUCUUACCUGUAUCUCAAACUCACCUUGGACCUGUUCGAGCGAGGCCACCUAGUGAUCAAAAGUGCCAGCUACAAAGUGGUGCCAGUCUCAGUGUCCGAGCUCUACCAGUUACAGUGCAAUAUGAAGUUCAUGACCAACUCGGCCUUUGAGCGUUCACUGCCCAUUCUCAACGUAGCUUUGGCCUCGUUGCACCCCAUGACUGACGAACAGCUGUUCCAGGCCAUCAACGCCACCUACAUCCAGGGGGAGCUGCCGUGGGAGGACUUUCAGCAGCGCAUGGAGGUUCUGUCCUGUUUUCUGAUCAAACGCAGAGACAAGACACGUAUGUUCUGCCACCCUUCGUUCAGAGAGUGGCUGGUGUGGAGAGCCGAUGGUGAGAGCACGGACUUCCUCUGUGACCCCAGGACCGGCCACGCUCUGAUGGCUUUCAUGUUGUCACGGCAAGAGGGGAAACUGAAUCGUCAGCAGACCAUGGAGCUGGGACAUCACAUCCUCAAAGCUCACAUCUUCAAGGGCCAGAGUAAGAAAACAGGAGUGUCAUCCAGUGUUCUGCAGGCUUUGUGGAUUAGCUGCAGCGCCGAUGGACUUUCUGCAGCGCUGGCCUCCCUGAGGAACCUCUACACACCGAACGUCAAGGUGAGCCGUCUGCUGAUGCUGGGCGGGGCUAAUGUGAAUUACCGCACGGAGGUCCUGAACAACGCCCCGGUGCUCUGUGUCCAGUGUCACCUCGGUCACCAGGAAAUUGCUUCUCUGCUGCUGGAAUUUGGGGCCAGCGUUGACGUGGUGUCUGAAAAUGGAAUGAGUCCGCUCUGCUUCUCUGCUGCAGCGGGACACCUGGGUCUGGUCAUGAUUCUGUGCAAGAAGGGGGCAAAGGUUGAUCAUGUGGAUAAGAGUGGACAGUGUGCUCUGGUCCACGCCGCUCUUCGAGGACACCCAGAAAUUAUUCAGUACCUGCUGGAGCUGGAGUGGAGCUCUGAGGGCCAGCAGCAGGAUUGUGCUCUGAAGAACAAAGCUCUGCAGCAGGCUUUGAUAGCGGCAUCCAGCAUGGGACACACACAGGUGGUGAACAGCCUACUGGCCCUGAGUGAUGACCACGCCGUGCAAAUUGAUAGCCACGACACACUGUGGGGAGAGACAGCCCUGACAGCAGCUGCUGGCCGCGGAAAGAUGGAGGUUUGCAGCUUCCUGUUGGAACAGGGAGCAGUGGUGCAGCAGGUCAACAGACGCGGGGUGUCUCCUCUUUUCUGCUCCGUCAGACAGGGACACUGGCAGAUUGCGGAGCUGCUGUUACAGCGUGGGGCUGACAUCAAUGUCAGUGACAAACAGGGAAGGACUUUACUCAUGGUGGCUGCCUGUGAGGGUCACCUGACCACCGUGGAGUUCCUGCUUUCCAAAGGUGCAUCUCUAACGUCCAUGGACAAGGAGGGACUGACGCCCCUGAGCUGGGCGUGUUUGAAAGGACAAAAGAAUGUAGUGCAGUUUCUGGUGGAGAAAGGCGCCAUCAUCGACCACACGGACAAAAACGGACGGACUCCGCUGGACCUGGCCGCCUUUUAUGGCGACGCAGAGAUUGUCCAGUACUUGGUGGAGAGAGGAGCAGUGAUCGAGCAUGUUGACCACAGUGGGAUGAGGCCUCUGGACCGGGCCAUAGGUUGUAGGAACACAUCAGUGGUGGUGACUCUACUGAAGAAAGGAGCCAAACUAGGGAACGCUGCCUGGGCCAUGGCCACAUCCAAGCCUGAUAUUCUCAUCAUUCUUCUUCAGAAACUGAUGGAGGAGGGAAACCUGCUGUACAAGAAAGGGAAGAUGAAAGAGGCGGCCCAGAGGUACCAGUAUGCCCUGAGGAAGUUUCCCAGAGAAGGCUUUGGUGAUGAUCUGAAGGCUUUUAAAGACCUGAGGGUCUCCUUGUACCUGAACCUCUCCAGAUGUCGCAGAAAGACCAACGAUUUUGGGAUGGCAGAGGAAUUUGCAACAAAAGCUCUGGAGUUGAAACCCAAAUCCUACGAGGCCUACUACGCCCGAGCGAGAGCCAAGAGAAGCAGCAGGCAGUUUACUGCAGCCAUGGCCGACCUACAUGAAGCCGCCAAGCUUUGCCCCAAUAACAGAGAGAUCCGCCGUCUGCUGGCUCGAGUAGAGGAGGAGUGUAAACAGAUGCAGCGUAUUCAGACCAAAGGAGGUCUCGCUGCAGCUGCAGCCAGCCAGGCGUCUGGAGGACACGAUUCUGACCAGGAGCAGGACGAGGGACAGGAGGAAAUGUCCCAGCACAGCCUCGCCAGGGGUACAGAAGGUCAAAGAGACAUUCUGGAAGAGGAGGAGGAGGAGGACGAGGAGGAGGGAGCCGUGGGGGCAACGUCCUCACAGCAUGUGAGGACAGCUGAAGCCUGCUGGUCACAGAACAGUUUCUCCUACAACAGAGUCCAACCCCCUGAGUCUGUCGGCAACAAUGCAGGACUUCAGAACCAGAACCCCAGCUCACCUCCAGGCCCCAACAGACUUCCCCCCCACCGGUACCCUCGUGAGCAGAGGGAGGCUCUGACCCAGCAGGGCCUGGUUCUGCAGCCCAGUAAGCAGGCCCAGAUUGUUAAGACCAACCAGCACAUGAGCUCCAUGCAGGCUGGAGCAGUGGGAGGACGACCAGCAGGGUCCAAGUCCCAGUACGCUCCUUCCAGUCCUUUACCCAGUCGACACAUGCUGAGACCAGGACCAGGCAUCGACAUCAGUCCUCUGCCUCCUCCUCCUCCUCCUGCUGAUGAACCCAUGUACGGAAACCGCAUGGUGCUGUCAGCCGCUCAGGCCGCCAUGGGUCACAGCUGUGAUAACGAAAACCUCCAUCCGUCGGCUCAGGCCUCGUAUACGUCCAAAGGUAUUGGACAGGACAGGCUGUCCGCUCACUCCGUGUCCUCUCUGGACGCCUUGGCCUGCUCUGGGCCUGUAGUCCAGGGAAACCACACAGACGCAGGAAAGGAAGUGUUGCCGUGUGGUGCAGUGGGCAGCAGCAUGCACGUGUCCAGCUCCACCAGCAGCCUGGCCUCCAGCAGCAGCUUGUCAGACAGCGGCAAGCUGGGACCUGAUGUCCGCACCAAGACGAAGCAGGUGCAAGCGUCCGGCUCCAUGGAAUACAAACCAAGACCUUUCAUGGGAAUAACUGACAAGACGGCUCGUUUCCAGCAGCAGAGUGUGCAGACUCACCAGAACCUCCAGUCGACAGGCCGCAGCUGGAUCACCCACACGUCCGAGGGCCUGCUCUGUCACACCAUGUCCACGGCGUCCCUGCAGCCGGUGGACUGCAAAGCGAUGAGCACUUACCAGGAUCAGCACAAACACGCAGCGCCUCAGACCAUGAGCGGCCUGCAGAACGGCACGCACGUCAAGGAGUUCGCAGAGAAAUUCUGCCAAGUAGCCAACUGUUACAAAGAGUCCAAGCCGGCGCUGACCGUGCCACACGUGUUCAUUGACGGGAAGCCGAAGCAGGCGGGCUUACCGCGAGAGAAUCCUGCCAUCCACGUGGCUUCAAUGAAACCAAAGCGAUCUUUUAUAGAGUCCAAUGUGUAACACAAACAUGUCUGUCUCUCAUCCAGUCCAAACGCACACUAACGAAGCAAAAAUCUGAAGUGAGAAGGAUUAGUUUCAUUAUUUUCCAGGACACAAUCUUACUUUUAGGUCUUUAAAAAAAAAAAGAGCAGAUUUGUUGGGCAAACCUGAUUGGAGGAG